CUACCACCUAGUCAACUCUGGGAUCACAAAAUUAAACUUGAAGAUAGAAUAGAUCACUUACUCAAGCCCAAACUAUACAUCUUUAGUCUAGCAGAGCAAGUGGAACUGAAAAAGUUUAUUGAUAAAAACCUAAAGAAAGGAUUUAUCCAAAAAUCCAAAUCACAUAUGGUAUUGCCUUUCUUCUUUCCAGUAAUAGAUUACUAUAAGCUUAAUAAAAUAGUAGUAAAAAAAAAAUACCCUCUACCAAUUAUUCAAGAACUCUUG